GAAGAACUCGCCUUUUUUGGCCCCAGGAGAAUCCAGCCAUCGGGGAUCUCCGACAGGGCUGCGUGAGACCGGCAGAUCUGCCCAUUUGACCUCCUGCAUUCGUCCAUUUCUCGUGAAGGCACGCACUGGCAGGCCCUCAGGGGCUGUCGUCGAUGCAACCACCCCCACCACCACUGGCAGACAGGAUGGCGUUCAGGGCGUUCGACUCGGCCGAUGUGGUGUGGGUGGCGAUAUCCAGCGUGUUGGUGGUGAUGAUGACGCCAGGGGCGGCCCUCUUCUACGCAGGGCUGGUGCACCACCACUGCGCCCUGACGAUGAUCUUCCAGUCGUUCUCGUGCUUGGCGCUGUGCCAGAUCAUCUGGUACGCACACAGCAGAGGAGAAAGAUCCAUUGCCCUUGUCUGUGUGUGUGGCCAUCUCCUCUCCUCUCUCUCUCUCUCUCUCUGUGUGUGUGUGUGUGUGUGGUUAGGUACAUCUACGGCUACUCCCUGGCUUUCUCGCCCAGUGCGGGAGGUUUGGGUGUGAUAGGCACGUUCGAGAGGGCCUUCCUGAUGGGCAUGGACGAGAACGCGACCUCCACUAUGAGCAACCGGGUGCCAGAGGGCAUGAUUUACAUCUAUCAGCUCACCUUUGCCAGUAUCACGGCGGCCCUCAUCACCGGCACCACAGCCAACAGGAUGAGAUUUAGGGCUUUCGUGGUGGGUGAGGGAGGGCGGGCGGGCAGGACAGAGCAGAGCAUGGGAUGCAUGGCUGGCUGCAUAGCAUAUGUCUGUGUGUGCCUUCCUUCUGCUCCUCUCUCUCGUUGUGUUGAGUGCACUGCCUGCAGCUGUUUAUCGUUCUGUGGGUGACGUUUGUGUAUGUGCCGGUGGCACACUGGGUCUUCAACCCGACAGGAUUCCUACACAAGGUAGGCCGCUUGUAGCUUGGGGGGGGAACAAACCUUCCGGUGGGCGGCCCUUCCUUAACAACUCUCUCUUUGUUUGCACCUGACCGCCCUGUGUCGUGUUGUGUUUGCUGCGCCUCCUGCAGUGGGGAUGUCUUGAUUUCGCGGGUGGCGUCGCUGUGCAUGUUGUGGCCGGCGCGUCAGCCCUCGCCAUCUGCCUCUUCUUCGGACCGCAAAGGAGCGAUGACCAGCACCACUCCAUCCCCCUCAUGACCUUGGGCACCACCCUGCUUCUGGUGGGCUGGUUCGGCUUCACCGCGGGCUCGUCCCUCGAGGCUAAUGCGGUAAAAAUGCACCCAAUGGCCGCAUCGCAUCCACCAGCACGGACACACCACCAGCUCGUGUGUGUGUGUGUGCGUGUGUGUGUGCGUGUGUCUCCAGUCCAUGGUUGUCGCGCUGCUGAACACGGCCACGGCCGGCGGCCUCGGUUCCAUGACCUGGGUUACACUAGACUGGAUCUUCAGCAAACACCCCAGGUCAAUCAAUCUAUCUUUCGGAAUCGCGCAAGUCAACAACAAUGCGUUUUGGAUGGCAUCCACGUGUGGUGUUCACACAGGCUAUCCGCCUUCCUGGAGGGGUACAUAUCAGGCCUCGUCGUCAUCACCCCCGCAGCGGGCUACGUCGCCCUGUGGACGCCUUUCCCCAUGUGUGUGCUGGGGGUCGCCUGCUCGUGGGCGUCCUCACGGUGGACCGCGAACAAGCUGCACGACCAGCUGCACGUCUUCGGCAUCCACGGCGUGGCUGGGGCGGCGGGCAGCAUCCUCCUGGCCUUCUUUGCCAGCAGAAGGGUGCGUCAGGGCAUCCCUGACGGAAUAUUGCUAGCUGACAGUGCUACGCAGUGGGCGAGCUGGCGGCUGCUGGGGCUGCAGACGCUGGGGGUGGUCUUGGGUGGCGCGUGGGCGUUGAUCGUCACGUAUGGCAUCCUCUUCGUUAUCGACAUGUGAGCGAGCAUACACCCACGACAGACAGACACAGAGUAGGGGCGGGCAGAUGUGUGUGUUGGUGUGGUGUGCACUCAUGUUUGUCUGUCUCGUGUCAGGUGUGUAAUGCGUUUGCGCCUGGAGGCCGAGUUCGGCAGCGCGGCAGAGCUGGACCAGAUCGAGCUUGGCGAGACGGCCUACGGCACCUCGGCAACCAAGCUCGUCAUGCCCUCGACCGAAGGCUCCUUCGUCCCCACUCAGGUGCGCUGGCGGCAGUGCGACCCCCCAGAGGUCGCCGCAAAUGCCGACCUCGCCAUCACGCCACUCAGCGACUUCAACACCAUCUUCGCGCCAGCCACCCGUGUCGAUAAGUCUGUCGGGCAGACCACCCCCACCAGCCAGACGCCCCCCCAGCAGUCAUCACCGCUCGACUCUCCCCACUUCGUCAGAAGCAACACCCCGCCCAACAGCAACACGAGGCGAGACACCGUCGCCGGCCCGCCUGGCCCGCUCGUCCGCAUAUCGGCUCAGAGCAAAGAGGCCAGUCAUGGCCAGCCGCUGAGCCAUGCCUUCAUGCAGCUGGGCGAGGAGGGGAGACCCGCUGUGGUCAAGGAGAGCGCGCAGAAGGCAUUGUCGCCGUCACUUGAGGGCAUCCCGGAGCAUCCCAAGGAGACCAACGCGGGCAGGGGGGGCACCAUGGGCGAGGUGGUGGUCUUGUCUCACUCUACCCCCAACUGAUGGGUCGGUCGGUCGGUGAGAGGGUGAGGGCGAGGGAGGACGGGCCGUGAUGAUGAUUGUUGUGUAUCCACACGCCAUUCAAUUUGGUGUUUUUCGACGCUGUUGUGUGCUGCCUGGUCUGGGCCCGAUCCAGCCUGUCACAUGAGGGAGGGAUGCAUCAACACAUCACAAAAAGCGUCGAGGGGCUGAGGGGGGAGGGAUUGAGAGGAGAGAGGGGGCUCCACCGCAUGACGACAAGACGCAUACAUACAGCUGACAGCCUCGCGUGAGCGAGGUUUUUUAAUGGCAUCUGUCGGCCUCUUCUCCUACCUCUCUGUGUGUGGGUGUGGGUAUGUGUCGGUGUGUGGGUGUGGGUGGAGCGGGUUUCUCCCUCAAGGCUGGUGCGUCCGUCCAUAUCGGUGCGCACGCAUAGGUCUGCGAUGGAUGCGGUAGGUCCUUCCUGCCUGUCUGUCCCUGUCGGUCGGUGCCACAGAAGCAAAGAAAGGACGACAGGGCCUGAUGAGAUGAAUGAGUGUAUGUAUCUAUGUGGAUGUGUUCAUGUUGGUUCGUGUGUGGGCGUAUUUGUCUUCCUUAGUUCCUUCUCCAUCUCUCUCACCUCUAUCCCCGUGUGUGGAUGCGAUGUGCGCCGUUCGUUUAGCGUCAGUCAUGUGUGUGUGCGUGUCUCUCUCUCUGUCUGUCUGCCGGGUGGCCGUACCUAUGUCGCGAAUGUCGUUGUUUGUGUGUCGACGAGACGAACCAACCAACCAACGGAGGGAACUUUCAUCGUGCCGGAGAGCCAAGGAGCGGGCGUGGUGUCUUGCCCACGCCUGCGUGGCCGCUGCAUUUUUUGCCUUGACGGCUGACUCGCUAGCUUCGGACGGGGGGAGGCAAGGGGGUCAAUGGUGUUUACAGUGGAAGUGCCGGGCCUGUCUGCCCGUCUGGUUGCCCGUCUCGCCUGUGUGUCGAUCCGUCGGUCUCGUCUCUCUCUCUCGUCCUGUGUCGCUUUAUCUACAUCUCAGCGCCCGUCCCCGUGUUGGGGCCGGGCCGUCGUGUGGUGUGGUGUGGAUGGUGUGGGUGUCGGCUAGUCCUUGUUCGUCUAUCAUGCUCUCUGUCUGUCUGUCUGUCUGUCUACCUGUCUGUCUGUCUAUCUGUGUGUGUCCGCGUCGGGCGAUUCCCCGACAUAAAUAUGUGAAUGGCUGUGGAAGCCGAUGGAUGUGAGGCGACUUGGCUUUUUGCCGGGGCUGCGGGCACCGGUGGUAUGUGCUGUGUCGGUCGGUCAAUCUGCUAUCCAGAAAUGCAUGUCAUGUGCGUGUGUGCCUCUCUCUCUCUCUCUCUAUAUCUUGUGUGUUGUGUGUGUAUGUAUGUGUGUGUAUGCGUGUUCACUCUCCCUCGCAGAGAGAUGGGCGGGCUGUCGUGUUCCCGCCCAUCUAAUCGCGAAGAUCGCCGUCGCACCGUUUAAGUGAGCCUGCCUGCCUGCCUGUCUGCCUGUACACGUGUGU